GAUAAGAAAUGAAGGGGUGACAUAUCUAACAUUAAAUGAGUAUAUUGCUGUUAAGAGAAGUAAAAGCAGAAAGAAAUCCUGUAUUAAUUGUAAAGGACGGUUUAUCUUUUUGUUUUUUAAAAAAUGAAGAGCGUUUGUUGCGGAUUUUGUAUCGUUGUGUUCUCAACUGCAGUUUGUGAUGGGUUUCUGUUUGACGUCAGAGCGGAUUGUCUGGUGUCCACGUGGAGUACAUGGACACCCGUGCCUGGACUUGGCAUGCACAUCAGGGAGCGCGGUGUUCUUCGGUAUGACAACCAAGGUGGGACACCAUGCCCGCCAGAUGACGAGCUUAGGCAGGUAAAGACAGAUUAUAAUCCUACAACAAGUAGACAUGCUAAUAUUCAAGCCACAGCGAGAUCGAUGUCGGCAAACUUUAUACGAGGAGUGGCGAAUCCGCAAAAUCCCCAAGCUACCGGCCAAAAACGAGACCUUCUGAUUAUUUUGGAUUCAUCUGGAAGUAUUGGAAGCAGUAACUUCUAUAAAACAAAACAGAAUCUAGCAGAACUACUAGGGAUGCUGUGUCCUGAUCCUGACCCGUUUGCUCAACUCUAUCAACACGCUGCCUUGAUUGAUUUCGCCGGUUCAACAAAUGAGAUAUUCGAUUUUAACAAGUACCAACAUACGUCCACUUUGAAGAACGGGAUUCUAGCCGUCCCAUAUCUAGGUGGGAUAACAUGUACUACGAAAGCGUUUACCGUCGCUCUCAAUAUGUUUUCAAAAUGGAAAGGCAUGAGAACUCAAAGUGAUGUUGUUCAAGAGGUCUUGAUUCUAACCGACGGACAGUCCAACUGCGGAGGUGCCGUGGCGACAGCUGCCAAAGAGCUUCAGAAAAAGGCCACCGUAUUUACCUUACUUAUUGGGUCUUUCACACAGAGAGGGGUGAACGAAAUAGCUAGCUAUGUCACAACACCAGUACCGAAGCAUUUAUUUGCAGUGAAACAACUACAAGACUUAGAUUCGCUCAUUGCGGAACUCAGAAAACAACGAAGUAUCCAGAAAUGUAUGCCAUUUAAUCUUCCUUAAGACAUUGUGUCAGUCAACACAGCUUUAAAAGUUCGUCUUGUUUUAUAUCUGUGUCCCACAUUUAAUCAGAAAGCGGUCAGUUGACAGACAGAAUUCCGUUUUGAUUUUCUUUAUCUUAUUCAUUCGAGGAGUGUGUAAAACUGCCAAAGUAGUAAGAUUUAAAGAUGAAUAAUUAUGUAAUUUCUUCCUAACAGAUGUCUUUAUUUCGGUAGAUUAUCUUCAAUUAUUAUAAUUUAUAGUCGAAUGUGUUAGAUACAUGAAUGUUUUGAAUAAUCAGCUUGAAUAAAAUAAUAUUUCUAACGUUUAA